UAACAUUUGAAACGAAUGAACGAGCAAGUAGCGACACACAAAAGUCGGCAAAGCCGCUUCCGAAUCGCGAAUUUCGUAGAACUUUGGGAUUAAAAUCGAAAUAGUUCAUUUCGUAGUUUAGUUUUUAUGUUAAAUCCUCAACAACCGACAAAUUAUUGUUUUCACUCAUGGAUGGACAAAUGGAUGAUCACAAGCAAGCUGAAAAUACAGAAGAAAAAACAGAUGAGUGGAUUAUAAUCAAUGGACGAAAUCGUGUGUUAAAGUUCAGCUGCAAUCCACCAGUGUCUGCAUCGAAAUCUGCAUUGCCUGCGGUUAAAUUGCAUAUGACGUAUAAGACUAUUCAGGCCGAGACCAAGUUGUUGAACGCUUUACUUUUGGCUCAUGGAUUUAGAGAGGUGAACGUGGACACCGUUGAUUUCAAUUUAUUAUGGACUGGUUCUCACGUAAAACCUCAAAUUUUAAGAAGUCUAUUGCCGCAUCAAAGACUGAAUCAUUUUCCCAGAUCGUACGAAUUAACUCGCAAGGACAGAUUAUACAAGAAUAUCGAACAAAUGCAGCAUGCGAGGGGUUUGAAGCAUUUUGAUUUUGUACCACAAACGUUCGUGCUUCCAACCGAAUUUAACGAAUUGGUUACCUCGCAUUAUCGCCACAGAGGCGCGUGGAUAGUGAAACCCAUCGCUUCGUCUAGAGGACGCGGUAUCUACAUCGUGAAUUCGGUAGAGGAUAUUCCUCUUCAGGAAACAGUUGUCGUUGCCAAAUACAUAGAAAAUCCGCUGUUGGUUCGAGAUUGUAAAUGUGAUUUACGUUUGUACGUUGUAGUAACAUCGUAUAAUCCGCUUCUAGUUUAUUUGUACGAAGAAGGUUUGGCUCGUUUUGCCACAGUCAAGUACGAUCCGAAGGAGAAAAAUUUAUGGAAUCCGUGUAUGCAUUUGUGUAACUAUAGCAUUAACAAACAUCAUUCGGAUUACAUUAAGAGUUCGGAUCCGGAAGCCGAUGAUGUUGGGCACAAGUGGUCAUUAAGUGCGUUUUUGAAGCAUUUAAAAAUGGAAGGACACGAUACCGGGUUACUGAUGAGACGUAUCGAGGAUAUGGUGGUUAAAGCGAUCCUGGCUACGGCUCCUUCGAUCGUUACUGCUUGCAGACUUUUUGUACCUCAUCAAGAGAAUUGUUUCGAAUUAUACGGGUUCGAUAUUUUGGUCGAUUCGGAUUUGAAACCUUGGCUGCUGGAGGUGAAUCUGUCGCCGUCCUUGGGAUGUGGAUCGCCGCUUGAUACCAGACUGAAGUCGGCCAUGCUGUCGGAUCUGCUGACGUUGAUCGGUAUACCAGCUGUGGAUCCUGUCACUAGACCUAAAUCAUCGAAUUUUCAAAAACGGAAUCUCUCGUUGACAAGACAAAUUCUAUCAGUUGAUUCGACUCCUUACGUUCGUAACGCUUCGAGAAAAAAUACAGAAAAAUCGUUGAAAAACGUUACAGCUGAAGAAGCCAAAUUAAUACGAAGUAUCCGAGAUCAGUUCGACAGAAAAGGAGGCUUUCUGAGGAUUUUCCCCACAGCUGAUACGUGGCAGAAAUAUUCGAGAUAUUUAGAUCCGGUUACUGGUAUACCUUCUUUGGGUACGACUCAAUAUAGUGGACAAAUCGCGACUCAAAAUUUCAAUAAACUCGUUCAUGCUCAUUUGUUCCCUAAUUCCGUGAUCGCUAGAUCUCCGGGGAGUAGAUUUCCAUUGGCUAGUCGGUCGAUGGAUCGGUUAUUGAGGUACGAAAGAUCGCUGAGUAAUCAGUAUUGCAAAGAGCUGGAUAUGGACGUGUCGUCUGAUGAAUCUGAUCAAAAUGUGACCCAUUGCCCGCAGAAACAAAGCGUCAUCAGGUACUUGAAGAAUGGAUCUAGACUGAAUCAACCUCAAAUUCAAUUAGCAUUUGGAGGUUACCUCCAAAAAAUGCUGCUUCGAUUAAAAGGACAAGAAUUGACGAACGAAAAAAGUCUCAACAGAGAAACCCAAUGUGACGUGAUCUUGCAAUUUUUACAUACGAUUUCUCAGGGUCUUUCGAUGCCAUUGCAAUUUAAGAAACCCAGCGAACACUUGAAAGGCAACGAUAAAAUCGCCAUCACUGCCAAGCAUCUAAGCGAUUUCCUAUUUUUUUACGUGCAAGAAUCAAAAUACGCAGCGUCGUCUGAAAACAACGGCGAAUUCAUACCCGAAGAAGUGUUCGGUACUUUUCUGAAAACUGCUCUGGAAACUGAUAUUGAUGACGUGUUGAACCUUAACAUGAAAAUGGCCUGUCCAGAGACACGUCUGUCCAAAUGUAGCAGAAUGAGUAAACUAUCCCUGUACCAAAUUUUCAAACGAGUCGAAAAUUGUGUUCUUUCAAAAGUUACCGAAUCAUAGUCAAAGACGUUAAUUCAAUAAUUGCGUCCGUAUUUUUAAAAAUAAGUAUUAUAAAAAUAUCAAACGCACUAAAACUCGCAUUAUUUUAAGAAUGAGGUUUUAUUUUUCUAUAAAUCAAGUGGUAUUAUUACUAUUAUUCCAUCCUCAAAUGAUAAAAACUAUGAAGCUUAAUCGUACUGCCAACGAAAUCAUAAAUUUUUAUCGAGUUAAGUACAAAGAGAUUUAGAGAAUGUUUGUUUUUUAAGCCCUAGUCGUACGUAGUUGUGUGUGUGAUCAUCACGAAAAGAUAUUGUUUUGGUUGUAGUUUGCUUGUUACCUGUAUUUUUUUUUCUAUAAUUUUUUUUUAUGUUUCGUUCCUUGAUUUAUUAUUUGCGUUACCGUUUUGUUAGUGUUUUUUUUGCGUUUUUUCUCCGUCUAUUUUUGUAUUCGUAUAGUCAAUUAUGAGAUUUGAGAGUUUUGAAGAUUACGCUUUUAAUGCUUAAUAUUUUUUGGUAAGAAGUGAUAUCUUUGAAACAUUCCUAUAAGAGUGAUAAUGCACCGUCUAUCUUUUUUAUUAUUAAUUUUAAUUAUUUAUAAUGCACGUUGUUAUAUCGAUAUUAAGUUUGUCUCACUCAGAAACUGAUCCAAAUAAUUUCAGGUUUUUUUUGUUCUUUUCUUUGCUACCUAUUUUAUCCUAUUUUGUAUUAUUUGUAAUUUUUGUUACGGAGUUUCGCUGAAGCGCGAAUAAAAUUUUGUAACUGAUUUGAAGCAAUAAAAUUGUUUAAUUUGGAA